AUGUCAGAUCCUUUAAUUAAACGUGCAGGCAUUCAAGAAGAGGAGGAUUUGGUUACAUUGCAAUUCCCAAAAGAUCUCCAACAAGCAAAGUUCUUGUUAAACUCUGAAGUAGCUAUCUUUUUAGAAUGUCGUAAAGAGUUUGAAAGCGAGAAUCAAACAGAGUUUCCACAAACAUUUCACAAGACAUUAGCAUACGCUGAAAGAUUCAGUAGAUACAAGAACAAGACAUCGAUCAAACAAGUACGUGCUGCAUUGUCGAAACAGAACUUACACGAAUUUGAGAUUGCCAGUUUGGCUAAUCUCUGUCCAGAAAACUCAGACGAAGCAAAGAGUUUGAUCGUAUCACUCAAGAGAUUCGAUGAUGAUACCAUUCAAGCUAUUUUAGAUGAACUUUCUAAUUUAAGAAAGUUUAAUUAA